AUGGGCAAUACUGCCACAAAAGAAAGCAGACCUCACACGGCGGCGGCCAGCCCCACCGGUCGGACAAGCCGCGGACACCGAGAGCGGGAUGAGCGUGGGAAAUCGCACAAGCGGGACAAAGUCAAACCGGGCUACCAACUUAUCAUUGAUCCAUCUGAAAUGGUAGAUGGUGGUUAUUUAUAUCCUCAAGGCGUAUACUCAACGCCUCAAGACUUUAAAGUCGAUGUGGUGCGGGAUGUUAUCAUUCGUCGCAAAUUGGCCCCCUUUUACAAGGGAUUGGAAUCGGUUGAGUCCAAUUGGACAGAUGAACAGCUUUUGGCCGUUAUAGAUGGCAAACUGCUGCCAGAAAGUUUUGUUGCCCCAUCGGCGGCUCAGGCAGGCGAUGCCUCGUCUGACCCUGCGAUUGUGGCAAUUGGCGAUCAGGUCGACAGUUUGGCCAUCGACGACGAUUCCGAGAAUGCCGAGAGUUGUCGCUCCAACUCCCCUGUGUCUACCAACCAAGCUUCCUCCUUGCCAUAUUCUCCUGCUGGGGCGAAUAGCAAGCGUCCUCGUCACGGUAGCCACACCCACACUCCAGGCCCGCAGCCGUCGGUUAGUCGGCGUAGAGCAAAUACGACAUCCGUCACUCAGAAUACUACAAGCAAAGUCGAAGAACGCAAUGCUCAGGCGAUUUGGCUCUACCGCAACGUUCACGAAUGUCCCAUUUGUUUCCUUGUAUAUCCCCGGUUGAACAAUACCCGUUGUUGUGGCCAAGAAAUAUGUACGGAAUGUUUUGUGCAAAUCAAACGUGCCGCCCCACAUCCUCCUUAUGGCGACGCCUCGGGCCAAGACAACAGUGCCAGUAGCGACCUGCAACUCAUUUCUGAGCCAGCCUGUUGCCCGUAUUGCGCAAUGACCAACCUUGGCAUCAUUUUUGAAGCACCUCCUUUUGAAUGGGGUAUUCCCAACCCAGAGUCAUUGAAGCCAGCUACUUUGCAGGGUGCCACAAAGUCGGAGAGUGGACCGAGCAAACCCCGCCGUCUAUCUGUAUCACAUACCCACCCAGAUGUGGUAACAACCGACCAAAUAAGACCAGACUGGGAGUCCAAGCUUGCGUCCGCUCGCCGUAAACUGGCACGCCGGGCGGCAGCAGCUCGUAGAUUGCAUGAAAACUCACUUCUUCCCGCCGGUGGUGAUAGCCGCACUAGUUCUGGAAGAAGAGGCAGCAACUCACACAACUUUCUCCAUCUUACUCUCAACAUGACAGAGUCCCAAACUAGAAAUCUAGAAAACAGAAUGAUUGAGGAGGCCAUCAGGCAAAGCUUGCGUGAGGUUUGA